GACAGAAGCUGGCGUCUUAAAGGGGGGCAAAGCCUGCUCAGCGUCUGCGGAGUCCAACAGCACUCCGGAUGAAGGCGACCAAAGGGAUAAAGUGAGGAGUCACCAUGCCGGCCAAGGGGCCCCUGCAGAGCGUCCAGGUCUUCGGCCGCAAGAAAACAGCAACCGCUGUUGCCCACUGCAAGAGGGGAAAUGGCCUCAUUAAGGUGAAUGGAAGACCUCUGGAAAUGAUUGAGCCCAGAACUCUGCAGUAUAAGCUGCUUGAACCUGUCCUCCUCCUGGGGAAGGAACGGUUCGCUGGUGUUGACAUCAGAGUCCGUGUGAAGGGUGGUGGUCACGUAGCACAAAUCUACGCUAUCCGUCAGGCUAUUUCCAAAGCACUAGUGGCUUACUAUCAAAAAUAUGUUGAUGAAGCUUCCAAGAAAGAGAUCAAGGAUAUUCUAAUCCAGUAUGACAGGACUCUGCUGGUUGCAGAUCCACGCCGUUGUGAAUCCAAGAAAUUUGGAGGACCUGGUGCUCGUGCACGCUACCAGAAGUCUUACCGUUAAAAUUGUUCUACAGUCAUGUGUCAGUCAAUAAACACGAUUUGAUAAUUUU